AUGACGGCGCCACGCGAUCGACGCCACGACGACAAUGUCGAACUGUUGCCGCUUAAAUCCAUGCUUGUUAAUAAUAAUUACAGGGAAGAUGAAGCUUACUAUCCCCCGGCAUCAGCUAUCAACAAUAAUCCGUCGAGUUCCAACCUGUACGACUACACGCUCCUCUCAAAACGUACACCGGCUUCCAAACGUCUGUUGAGGUCAGCUCAGCCGGCUCCCACACCACUGUUGACACUCCUGGGUGCUCCGCCCCCGUCCCGCAAGAGAGAAGAGCUGACCGCACUCGCCAACUUGAGGAAGAAAGUCGCUCCAGCAUUGCUACGACAAGACAGGUCAUCAAAGAUCGAUCAGCAUAAAGAUGACAACGAGACCGAACAACUUGAUAACAGGCCGAGGCUAUUACAAAGGGUGCUACAAAGCCGUCCAGUGAGUAUGGUGGUCCAGUGGAGCGAGGUCCGCACGGCCUGGCAGGACAGCGACUUCAUCACGGAGUGUCUGUGCUGGCACAACGUGUACAGGCAGCGACACGGGGCGCCGCAACUAUAUAUGGCGCCCGAGUUGUGCGACUACGCCCAAGCGUGGGCUAAUCAUUUGGCCCACACCAACAAGUUCCACUAUAGAAACGACCGUGACGUCGGACAAAACCUUUACCAGCGACCAGUCAGCGACAUACAGCCUGAUGUCACCGGCCAGGAGGUGUCAUCGUACUGGUACGCCGCAGUCCGUCAAUAUAACUUCUUCAAGGAGUCAGACGUUUUACAUGCAAAUGUUAACGCAGGUCAUUUCACCCAAAUGGUGUGGGUGGCAACUCGAUUCUUCGGAGUGGGUAAAGCCAGAUCCCGUGCGGGCAAGGUGAUAGUGGUAGCCAACUAUUCACCGCCGGGUAAUAUGUCCGGACAGUUCGAGACCAACGUGCUUCCCCCAACACCGGACACCUUCCCGGACCUGCCUCCGCCGGAACACUGA